AUGGGUAUCACUCGUGACAGCUGGCACAAGCGGCGCGGUACCGGAGGAGCCCGCCCUCAACCUCAUGACAAGAGGAAGCACGAGCUCGGUCGUCCUUCCGCCAACACCAAGAUUGGGCCAAAAAGGAUUCACCAAGUCCGUUGCCGCGGUGGCUCCAUCAAGCACAGGGCUCUGAGACUCGAUGCUGGCAACUUCUCCUGGGCCUCCGAAGGAACCGCCCGCAAGACCAGGAUUCUCGACACGGUCUACAACGCCACAAACAACGAGCUGGUGCGAACAAAGACGCUCGUCAAAGGGACGAUUGUAACAAUCGACGCCCUUCCUUUCCGUCAGUGGUAUGAAAAUCACUACGCCCUCGCUCUUGCCCGCAGGAAGGGCCAGAAGGUCACCGAAGAGGAGCAGAAGGUCAUCGACGACAAGAAAGUUGAUGGAAAGCUGCCCAAAGAAUACCUGUUGAGGCAAAGGAAGGCUGCUGUCGACCCGAACGUUGCUGAACAAUUCGCCACCGGAAAACUGCUUGCCCGUCUCUCUUCCUCGCCCGGACAAGUCGGUCGCUGCGACGGCUACAUCCUCGAGGGCAAGGAGCUCGACUUCUAUCUCCGCAAGAUCCGCGCCAAGAAGGCUAAA